CCAACACAACAAAGGGUGCACCGGGGGCAGCCUGCAAGUGUCACCAGACUUUCUGCUGCUAACACAACAGCCCCACGAUGCUCAGCAGAACAACACAAAACACAACAAGCAAGAAAACAAGCCUUGUUCUUACCUCCCACACAUGCACGUACACAGCCCUUUAACCUCAGGCCAGGCUUCCAGGCCUCCAGCCCCCAUCAUGCACCAUACACGCACACAGGCCUGCAGAUAUCGGGCUUCAACCUCUCCGGUGGACUUGGCUCCGGCCAACGCGCCUCAUCUUCCAGACUUCCAAGUCGACCCUCGGGCCUCAUCUUCCGGACUUCUGAGUCGACCCUUGGCCCUCAAUACACUGUGUAAUGAUUUGAUCUGUACAAACAGUAUGCCAGACGAGCCUGUCACUGGACAUCAGUAGAUGUGACAAUAAUAGCCCAAUUCCCUUGUUGGUCAAAUUAAUCCAUUUUUUCUGCAAGGUUUUUAAAAUUCUAACUUUCAAUUAAUCUUUCGUGUCAGGAAUCUGUGCUGUUGUGAUUGGUGUGUUUCUGAAUCUCUGCUCUCUGCUGUAAUGCUGACUCUGCAAUAGAAGGGUGUGGAGGUAAAGGGGACAGGCUUGGGAAUGGCUCGGGUCAGCCAUGGUAGGUUAGAUUCAGAGCUCCUUUGGACUAAAAGUUGACACAAACGUUAAUUCCGUUUGAAAAUGACCAAGUAUUACAAGAUUAUUGUAAUUUUGUGCUCUGUGUGGGGGGAGGGGAAGGCCUGUUGAGUACCGUACAAUAGUUGGUGGUAUUCUUGAGAACUGGGUACGCCUCAUAGUAAGUGAAUUCUAAGAUCCGCAUAGGCUGUUCAAUUGAUGUAUUAAUUCAAAACAAGGCUGCUGUAUCAGGAAAGGUACUGACCCUUGAUUGCCUAUUUUUACACCGUACUAGGGGACUAGUACUUUAUCAUGUGAAAUAAGAAUUGACAAUUCCUAUUUAACCUUUAGGUUCUCCGGCCCCGGGUAGAUGGAGGCGGCAGAGAAGAUUGCUGCAAUUUGACGCUUCUUUCCUUUUUAGCGAAUAGACCACUUUCACGUUACAAGGGAGUCUGGGAUAGGGUCGCCUCUUAAGUGAACUCUGAAUUGUACUUCAGAGAGCAAUGGGAUCUUAAAAGGGCGAAUUGGAGAGAGAGGGCGAUAACAUGUAGACUAAGCUGGCGGGGUGAUACAGGAUGAACAGGAAAAUAACACGUCAGGCAGAAAACGCAGUAAAUUUUUGUGUUUUCGCGGUGCACCUUAAACUGUGGGAAGGGGGAUUAGAAAUCCCACAAAACACACGGAUCUUGAUCUGCAGUGAAUACUUCGAAGCUGCAAUGAGAUUGUUGCAAAAUGCUUAAGAGUAGAGAGAGAGGAUGGGGUACGUUUAAUGUAUGAUUAAGUAGGAUGGAUGACGCACAUUUACCCCUUUGCAUCAAUCAUCUGAUUGGAAUCAAGUCAUCUCUCAUAGGCUGCAACCACCACAGCAGGCGUCAACAUGGAGGAGCAAGAUGGACCCCUGACUCGAGCACUGUAGCCACCAUGUACGGCAGGUGUUGUACAACAGAUCUGGAAACUAGGUGCAGUAGUGUCAACUUGCCAUGGAGACCAAGCACCUACUACAAGGUUGCAGAUGCCAACAUCACCCUUGCGCCCUACACUAAGAACCUGUGUGGGAGGCAGUACCCCGUGAUGAGCUCGUAUCCACCCAUGACCUCUUGCUCGGGGGUGAGCGGGGGUCCCAUCAUUAACUGCCCCGUGCCUUCGUACCCUGUGAUGCAUUCGUGCCCGGCGAUCACUCCACGACCGCCGACAAACUGCCCGGUGGUGAAUCCGUGCUCUGUGCUCGACCCGUGCCCCUCGAUGGACCCUUGCUCCCCGGGAAGCUCCAAUCGCAUAGCCCUUUUCAGCAGGUACACCCCUGGAGAGUGGGUGGAGGCCAACCACAACAACUACAAACAAUCCGAUUGUUCCAGGCACAAUGCCGAGAAGCUCAGAGAGGAUACCUCGCGACUCAUCCAGGACAAAGCCCAGCUGACCAGGAAAACACAGAAUGACACCAGCGCCAACAUUGGCCAAAGGGUGGAGGACAUCAGCUUCUGGAAGUCGGAGCUCGACCAUGAUCUUGACCAAAUGAUUAUGGAGAUUCAUGCUCUGGGUCAAGUGAAGAGGAGAGUGGAGAAAGCACUGGAGGAGACAGAUUCGCACCUCCAGAUGGUUCAAGAAUGUUUGUACCACCGUGAAAAGAGGAUGGGCAUUGACUUGGUUCAUGAUGAAGUGGAGACGCAGCUACUUGAGGAAAUGAGAAUUAUCAAGUGCAUUCAAGAAAGAUUGAAACGAGGCAUAGAGAGAGCCACCGAGCAACUUUCAAAUAACAGGGCUGCUCAGCACGAACUGGAGAGAGAUCUGUGUGAUAAAUGUUCAGCAUACUGGAUUGAUGAUAAGGCGCAUCAGUUGAAGAACACAUCAGAUGGUAUCAAUUAUUACUGUGGAAUUGAGCAAGUGAAUGCAACGAUAACUACGCCUGAUUCCUGGUUGAAGUAUACCGAAGACAACAUUCUACGUUCACAGUGUGAGCGCGCAGCUUCAUCAAGACUGCGAGAUGAGCUUGAGAAGCUUCUAGCUGCCACGUCCGAGGAGUUGUGGAAGCAAUUUAACAACGUCAAUCUUGCAUUUACGCAUCGCAUCUUUGAGAUUGGUGAUGCCAAGAAAAAGUUACAGAUGCACUUGGCAAAGGUCCUGCAAGAGAUAUUCCAAAUGGAAUGCACCAUUGAGGAGCUGAAGAUGGCCAUUAGGCAAAAGGAAGCACCCAUGAAAGUGGCACAGACCCGUUUGGAGGAGAGAAUCAAGAGGCCCAACAUGGAGCUGUGUUGUGAUCAGCCUCAGCACAGGUUGGUCUGUGAAGUGUACACUAUCGAUGCAACCAUACAGACGCUGAAGCAACGUCUACAGGAGUCUCAGAAUGCCCUGCAGCUGUUGGUGCAAACCAAGUCUGUGCUGGAGUAUGACAUCGCCGUGAAGGCCAACUCUCUCUUUAUAGAUCAGGAAAAAUGCAUGGGGAUGCGCAGAACCCUUCCCAACACACCACGCCUGAUUGGCUGCACUCAACUAAACGUAGGCCAUUACUGCGCCCGCCCACCCCUGGAAAAGAAACCUUGCAACUGUGGUUGCAAAAAUAAAAAGAAAGCAACAUAAAUUAAUUAAAACAAUGAAGCCAAUGGGCUUCGGAUAACUGCAUGCUGUUUCAAAAAACAAGGCUUGACUAUUGUGGCAAAAUAAAAUAAAGAAAAUUAAUGGUUUAACAAGAACGUUCACAGUCAGA